UUCGCGUGUUAAAGGUUUUACGACUUUUUGGUGCAGUGGUGACUUUCAUCGGGUUUUUACAGAUUACCCAAUGAAAUGUGUGGUUUGUGCCUUAAGAAUGAAUUUUCAGUGUUGUAGUAAAGUUCAACUCAUUCGCCUUAUUAACGAUAUCCGAAGAACAUAGUAUUGUUGCAUCGUCAGUCAACCAACGUGCUAACGUUACUUUAACGUGAUCAGUUUGCAAGCUGACUUGUUUAACAUCAUCUAAACUUUAAUCCCCCUUUAGCCCUUCUGAGUAAAAACUUUUGCCGUAAAUUGACUGAAAAUGGCUCAAAGUUGUGUUGCAUUAUGUCAUCAAAAGCUGAAACAAUGUUUCCAGACAUUGGAAACUAACCGCAAAGCAUGGAACUUGGUAUGGACCGAAUGCACGCCUCUGAUCAACUCACUAGGAAACCUGGGUGAGCAAUUAAUUGCCAUGGAUAAUGUCCAGCUCGAUGUUACACCACUGAAGCGCUUUCCUGAUUUGCAGGAACGUCUGCGCAUUAAACUACUACAGGCUGUCGACGUUGUGUUGGGCAAAUUGGCAGAUAAAUUGGACGAGCUUCAGAGAUUGCUGAAAACCAUGAACAACCAAGUGUCUACAGUGUUCCAGUUUUACGAGCAGAACACGGCUACACUCGACCUUGCCACCUGCACCUUGAGGUCGUCCACAUCACCAUCCAUAGCAGACAUGCUUGAGUGGCUUCAAGAUGCCAGUAGCUACUACCGCCAACAGUUCCUGAGGAGAAAAUACCUGUUGCAAGUGCUGAAACCUGAUGACCUUUCUCUCCUCCAAGAUGUUCCAAAAAGAUGGGAAGCUGUUGACUCACCUGAUGGAGAGGAGCAUAUUUCAGACACAUUGUCGAGAGUCAGCCUCUUCAUUGACUCCUAACAACUGACAAACUGAAGACUUGGUGAAAGUGUAUGAUGUCUAUUGCUCCCUGUUUCUAUGGGCAUGUUGUCCACUGUACGCUCACCUUGGAUUUGAAGAGGAAGGGAGACUUGAAUAGGAAUAACUAGUAGCAGUGAAUCCCUCCAGAGACAUUGUCUGACAUACACCUGGCUAUACGGGAUGGCUGAACAACUACUAAGGCUGGAGAAAGUGGACAGGCUAUGUGGUGGAGACCAGACUGAGUUCAGCAAGCCUUCUGUGACUUGUCUGGAAUUGACUGAUGUGCAGAAGGUCAGUCUCAAGGCUAUGGUGUAUUGAUGAACAGAGAAUACAAGAUUAAAGUCUGGAAAAAUCACCAGUAAUUUUUCAUGAGAAUCAUACCUCUUGGGAAAUAAAUUACUUGAUGUUUCCACUGAGUGGAUAGUAGUCCUUCAGACAGUCGCUAACAUUUGGAAAAAUAUAUAUUAGAUAUAUUUAAAUUUUUGUGCUACAACAAGAGACAGACUAGUUAGCUUCAGCCAGUGGUCCUAUGCUUAAAUAGGGUUGCAUGAUUUGAGUGAUUCACAAUAUCAUUUUUAAAGUGAAGCUUUAGUUUUCCAAAUUUUGCUCACGAGAAGUACAGCACUCCAGUGGUAAACUUUACUGUCUGUCCCACAAGGAGGAUGGUAUGAAAACAAAAAUCAUAGAUGUGACAAAAUUAACCAAUCGGACAGUUAUGAGCUUUGUGAUUAAUUGCUACCUUGGCGAUUACCUGACUGUAUUAGUUCAAAUUGUGAUUAUAAACUGAUUAAUUGUGCACCCCUAUCUUACAGUAAAUGUUGUUAAUAAAGUGUUCUGCCUAAA